AUGCCAGCGGCCAUCCAAGAAAGCGCCGCCAAGGCGUCCGAUCACUCGGAGCAAAUGUGGAAAGUACUGAAGGCCCACAUUCUGCGAGAAAGGGCGAGAAAGAAGCAAGAAAGGGAGCAGGAAGUGGAAGAGGAGCGAUUGCGUAAAGAACGCGAAGCCCGAGAACAGCAGGACGUGAUGACGCUGGGCGAAACUAGAGAGCAAAUCUCCCAGCUCGAACAGAAACUGACCCAAUUAAAAGAGGACAAACACCAACUGUUCCUGCAACUCAAGAAAGUCCUUAACGAAGAUGACAAUCGAAGGAGACUGAAAGAAAAUAUGGAAUAUCAAAAUAUCGAGCGAAAUAUCGAGCGAAUAUCGAAGCUUCUACCACCUAAUAUGGUGCAACAACAAUUAUACAUACAACAACAGCAGCAACAACAACAACACCAACAACAACAGCCUCCGCAAGCCGCUAGACUGGCCCCGAUGCCUCAGCAACCGCCCCAGCCGCCUCCCCCAGCGGCUUUCAAGCAAACGAAACGACCUCGAAGCCCCAGCCCGCCUCCGCAGGUACCCGUCUCCAUGUACCACGGGUACGGGUACAAACCGCCCGGCGUCGGACCGUCCUCCUAUCAAAACUCCCCGCAGAAAGAUGACGGUAGACGUAAUGAGUUAGUAAGAGCGGUUCUUUGGAACAAAACCCCGCAAUACAGCAACCAGCCGAGCGCCUUCUACCCGGUGGCGCCGCAGGAAUUGGCCCCCAUGUAUUACUCGAUCAACAGGGAGCCGGCGAGGAGCGUGUACGAAACGCCACGAUUGCAAUCGUACCACAUCGAUCCGAAGCUGCCCGAUCACUACGCGAUGCGGACGCCCGGACCGCACCCCGGCCACGGUCUCCAUCCCGCCUCCAUGCCCGUAUCGCAGCAGACGCCGCCCAAAAGCGGCGGCGGAGGCGGCGGCGGCGGUUAUCCGGUGCGCAGCCAGCCGCAGUACCAGCAGAACCAGGCCCCUUCGAUUUUGUAUACAGCCCAAACGCGACCGUUGUACCAGCCGCCCGUCAACGUUAAUUACCCGCCGAGGGAUUAG